AUGGCUUUGUUGAAAUGGAUGUGCAUACUGACUCUGACGAGUCUCUUAUCUGCAGAAUCAUAUGCUCAGCUGGAUGUAUGUGGCACAGUUCCACUGAAUAACCGGAUAGUCGGAGGUGAAGAUGCUCCACCUGGGAGUUGGCCUUGGCAGGUAAGUCUGCAGAGCUCUGGUGGCCAUGUUUGUGGUGGUUCCCUCAUCAACAGAGAGUGGGUGAUGUCUGCUGCUCACUGCUUUUCCAGUUCAAGCACAUCCGGAUGGGAGGUUUCUCUUGGCCGUCAGAACCUCCAGGGCACAAACCCAAAUGAAGUGUCCAGAAGUGUUGCCAGAAUCAUUUUACACCCAAACUAUGAUGGUGACACCAACAACAAUGACAUUGCUCUGCUCAGACUCUCCUCACCAGUCACAUUCACAGACUACAUCAGACCUGUGUGUCUGGCAGCCAGUGGCAGUGUGUUCAACAAUGGUACAGAUAGCUGGGUCACCGGCUGGGGUGCAGUCAAUGAGGGAGUGUCCUUACCAUUCCCUGAAUCUCUACAAGAAGUGGAGGUUCCAGUUGUGGGAAACAGACAGUGUAACUGUCUCAAUGGAGUUGGUACAAUCACAGACAACAUGAUCUGUGCUGGAGUUCUGGUGGGAGGCAAAGACUCAUGUCAGGGUGACUCAGGAGGUCCAAUGGUAAGCAAACAAGGCUCUGUCUGGGUCCAGUCUGGAAUAGUUAGUUUUGGUUUUGGUUGCGCUCGACCCAAUUUGCCAGGAGUCUACUCCAGAGUGUCCAGUUACCAGCCCUGGAUCAACUCCCUGAUCCGCUCUGAUGAGCCAGGUUUUGUGCAGUUCAGUUCCAGUGGUGGGGACACUGAUGGCAGCUACAUGUGUCCUGGUCUCCCACCACCUCUUACUACUACUACUGCUUCUGGUACUUGUACCAAUACCGCAGAACCCGGUGCUACAACCACAGAGCCAGGAUCUGUUGCAUCGAGUGCUGAAUUGUGUGGCAUCACUCUCCUGAAUAACAGGAUAGUCGGAGGUGAAGAAGCUCCACCUGGGAGUUGGCCUUGGCAGGUUAGUCUGCAGAGCUCUGGUGGCCAUGUUUGUGGUGGUUCCCUCAUCAACAGAGAGUGGGUGAUGUCUGCUGCUCACUGCUUUUCCAGUUCAAGCACAUCCGGAUGGGAGGUUUCUCUUGGCCGUCAGAACCUCCAGGGCACAAACCCAAAUGAAGUGUCCAGAAGUGUUGCCAGAAUCAUUUUACACCCAAACUAUGAUGGUGACACCAACAACAAUGACAUUGCUCUGCUCAGACUCUCCUCACCAGUCACAUUCACAGACUACAUCAGACCUGUGUGUCUGGCAGCCAGUGGCAGUGUGUUCAACAAUGGUACAGAUAGCUGGGUCACCGGCUGGGGUGCAGUCAAUGAGGGAGUGUCCUUACCAUUCCCUGAAUCUCUACAAGAAGUGGAGGUUCCAGUUGUGGGAAACAGACAGUGUAACUGUCUCAAUGGAGUUGGUACAAUCACAGACAACAUGAUCUGUGCUGGAGUUCUGGUGGGAGGCAAAGACUCAUGUCAGGGUGACUCAGGAGGUCCAAUGGUAAGCAAACAGGGCUCCGUCUGGGUCCAGUCUGGAAUAGUUAGUUUUGGUUUUGGUUGCGCUCGACCCAAUUUGCCAGGAGUCUACUCCAGAGUGUCCAGUUACCAGCCCUGGAUCAACUCCCUGAUCCGCUCUGAUGAGCCAGGUUUUGUGCAGUUCAGUUCCAGUGGUGGGGACACCGAUGGCAGCUACACCUGUCCUGGUCUCCCACCACCUCUUACUACUACUACUGCUUCUGGUACUUGUUCCAAUACCGCAGAACCCGGUGCUACAACCACAGAGCCAGGAUCUGUUGCAUCGAGUGCUGAAUUGUGUGGCAUCACUCCCCUGAAUAACAGGAUAGUCGGAGGUGAAGAUGCUCCACCUGGGAGUUGGCCUUGGCAGGUUAGUCUGCAGAGCUCUGGUGGCCAUGUUUGUGGUGGUUCCCUCAUCAACAGAGAGUGGGUGAUGUCUGCUGCUCACUGCUUUUCCAGUACAAGCACAUCCGGAUGGGAGGUUUCUCUUGGCCGUCAGAACCUCCAGGGCACAAACCCAAAUGAAGUGUCCAGAAGUGUUGCCAGAAUCAUUUUACACCCAAACUAUGAUGGUGACACCAACAACAAUGACAUUGCUCUGCUCAGACUCUCCUCACCAGUCACAUUCACAGACUACAUCAGACCUGUGUGUCUGGCAGCCAGUGGCAGUGUGUUCAACAAUGGUACAGAUAGCUGGGUCACCGGCUGGGGUGCAGUCAAUGAGGGAGUGUCCUUACCAUUCCCUGAAUCUCUACAAGAAGUGGAGGUUCCAGUUGUGGGAAACAGACAGUGUAACUGUCUCAAUGGAGUUGGUACAAUCACAGACAACAUGAUCUGUGCUGGAGUUCUGGUGGGAGGCAAAGACUCAUGUCAGGGUGACUCAGGAGGUCCAAUGGUAAGCAAACAGGGCUCCGUCUGGGUCCAGUCUGGAAUAGUUAGUUUUGGUUUUGGUUGCGCUCGACCCAAUUUGCCAGGAGUCUACUCCAGAGUGUCCAGUUACCAGCCCUGGAUCAACUCCCUGAUCCGCUCUGAUGAGCCAGGUUUUGUGCAGUUCAGUUCCAGUGGUGGGGACACCGAUGGCAGCUACACCUGUCCUGGUCUCCCACCACCUCUUACUACUACUACUGCUUCUGGUACUUGUUCCAAUACUGCAGAACCCGGUGCUACAACCACAGAGCCAGGAUCUGUUGCAUCGAGUGCUGAAUGUAAGUAUUUUGACUACAACUACUCUGUUGUUUGA